AUGAAUUUCUUUCCAUUUAGCGCGUACAUUGGCUCUAGCAACAAAUAUGUUUAUUUUCAAAAAACUUUAAUUCAUAUAUUCAUAAAAGGAAGAUCAUCGAUAGUGGCAGAAUACUUUUCCACUGAAACUCUUCGUAAUAUGAAAAAAUUAGGGUUUUCGCAAAUUCAACCUUCUGAAAAAUUUCGACAACCUCAAUUAGUUGCUUUUACCGUGACGAGUAAUAUUGAAUUAGCAAUCCUCGCCCCUUAUUUGCUUUUAUGUAAUGCAACAAAAUCUGAAUUUCGUUUGUGGCAACUAGGAGACUAUGAGAAGACAUGGGAUAUUAAUUUAUCUGAAAAAAUUCUUGAUGCUACGUUUUGUGGUGCUAUUAUCAUGGACGGACCGAUGAUUGCAUUCAUAUAUCAAAACGCGUCGGAAGAUGACUUCACUUUUUUUGAAGAAAAUAACACUCAUAUUAUUUUAUGGAGGCCAUUAUUGCAAAGAAAUAUAUUAUGUUCACUUUCCUUAUUAGCACAUAGUAUCCAGGGAUUCUGGCUUCCUCAUCAACAAAAUGGUAUCGUUGAUGAUGUCGACGAACCUUACAGAUUCAUUAACGUAGUAUUUCGACCUCUAUAUGAAUCUCGCAUUACAAUGCGCAAUUUAUUUGAAAAAUACCCUUCCCCAAUACCUUUUUUUAUUUCCAUGAUUCCUGAUUAUUGUGCAAAGAAUAUCACUUGUUUACUAAGAACCAAUCACCUAUGGAACAACGAAGAAAUUAUAUGGAUAGGAACUUCCCAAGGAAAUAUUAUAUGCAUCAAGAACGUCGAUAACAUUGGCGAUAUAAAGCCAAUAUGGUGUACUGACAUUACAAGUAUUCCUUUGAAGAUGGAGGAAGUUCAAUUAGGUGACAAAGUAGGAGGGUUGGAUUCUGUUUUAAUUAUCUAUUUUGAAAACGGAUUAACUAUCUUGAAUUCUGAUAAUGGCAAAAAAUUACGAGAAUUUUCCAAUGAAAUUAUUAUACUGUAUGGUGAUUUCUUUCAAUGUGGAUAUCAAAGCAUCGUACAGGUGCCUUGCAUAUUCAAUGACAGCUUAAUUCUUAUCAGCAAUAUUAACGUUGAAAAUGUUAAUACUAAAGAAGGAAAUAUUUCACAUUUAAGCUCUCUUCUCGAUUCUUUAUUAACCAGAAUAUAUGAUGGAACAGCACAGAUACGAAAAAUCGAAGAGAUGAUUGAUAAAAAAUAUAACCUUUUAAAACACAGUGAUUCUUUACUUCAUACAUUUUCCUAUUUAAUGGGUUUAUACUAUCUGAAGCAAACAAGGUUUACUAAACAAGUCUUACGACAUAGUAAACACACUAAGGGACUUAUACCACUUAUCUCUCACAUACGAAAUUAUACAAGUAAAGAGAUUUGUACCAACCCAGAAGACAAUCCUUCUUAUAUUGAAAUUAUCGAAGCAAAGGCGAACAUUGGAAAAUUUAAUCAUAAUGAAAAUAUUUUAAUAGAAAUUUCGGUGCGAAAUAAGAGCUUCCAAGAUUUAUAUGCUGUCCAUUUAGUUACAUAUUUUAAGAAUACCUCUAACCUUAUGUCUUCAAUGUUAAAAUCAAAUUCUUCAUAUAUCAAUUUGCUGCAUAUAGGAGAAUCGAGAACUAUCUUAUCCUUGAUAGAUUUGCCACUUGAUCUUGUUUCAGAUCAUUUAGAAUUUGGUGCAUUCAUAUUGUACUGUAGAAUCGACGAAAGUUUUGUUUCUAAUUCCUAUCAAAUUUCUGACGAAAUGAUUUGGGAAACGUUAUGCGUAAAGAAAAUCAAGAAAACCAGAAUGAUAAAUCAAGACUUUGUUCAUUUGCUUCCUUCUAUGACAUAUCUGAUUUUUACAACUACAAAUUCUUUGAAUUGUCAAUGGAGCAUAUCUUUGUUACCUUUCCUCCUAGAACAAUAUUUAGGUGUAAUUUCAAAAGAUGACUCUGAAAGUGAUAUUUUUAAAGAUUAUAGACAUCUAGAUGCAAAUAAUGGCAAUGCGUGGACAGAAUGA